AUGUCCUCCGAGACAAUUGAAAAUCCGAAAGAACUGAAAGAGGAGAGAAUAACGCACAUCAAUUCACAGAAUGACUAUAUCUGCUCCUUGAAUGCUUCAUGGAUUGCAGUGGCUCAUGGCUUAUGCGCUUAUUCUGCCUUUUUCUCCGCCUUGAUAGUGGGAUGUUGGCUCCACUAUCACAAGAUCGUCCAAAAUGCAUCGUAUGGCUAUCCUGACGAAUGGUUUCCUAGUGUGUCUGCUGCAAUUGGAGACCGUUAUCCAGAGAGAUCGCUAUUUCAGGUUCUCAUUGCUUUGACGGCUGGACCUCGGUUCCUCUUGGUGUUUUUCAACUUUAUUAUUCUUCACCAGCAGCUGCUGGUAGCUUCAUACGUACUUCUUGCCACCGGAAUCACCAGGACGUUUACUUGUGGAGGCUGGGUCUAUAUCACUUCAACCGAUGAUCAUGAUUGGCACGACAUUUUCAUGAUCGCAUAUAUCAUCUUAACUGUUCCGUGGACAAUUCUUGUCUCAGUUUUAUCACCUAAGGGUUCAAAAGUAAAGAAGGGACGUCUGUUAACUGCGAUUACUUUCUUCCUGACUCUUAUUCCAUUAGUGUACUUCUUUAUUCAACACAAAGUGCAUGUUGUUGCAGGGGCUUACUCCCGUUACGCUUACUUUGAAUGGGCUCUCAUAAUUCUUGAUGUGGCUUUUGAUCUGUGGUCUUUUAUGGACUUUUCUCAGAUUGAAAUACAGUUGUCUGGCUCAAGAGUAGAGCUCAAAAAAACUAAAACGACACCACAAAUUAUCCAGCAAAAAAGUGAAAAAGACGAGAUCGCCUCCCUUGAAGACUUCUCGUUCUGGGAGUUUUCGGUCAAUACAAUCAACUCAUUUAUGUUCUGGACCACAAUAACUUCUCUUAUGGUCUGUGUCUGGUAUUUCCCAUUAUGGAAUAUGGGCAUUUCUGGAUAUGAGGCAUCAAUAGCCAUCACGUUUGUUGCCCCUCUCUUAACCGCAUUGCCUCCAUUAAAAUGCUUGUUUAUUAAGUUCCCUUGCGUGGCAAGAAUUCUCACUGUUUUGCUUGGUCUAGGUGCCUAUAAAGUUGAGGAUCCGGAAAAGAGACUUUUGACCAUUACCGCAGGCACAGGAUUCGCUACCAUCGGGUUUGCUGCAGAGUGUGGCGCUUUGAGCAAUAGCCCCAAAAAGUUCACCUCAUUAUGGAUCUCGCUCUUGCUUGGGUUGUUGGCUACAUCCGUGUUCAAAUUCAUGUGCCAUUCUAACAAUCCAUUUUGGCCCAUCAUGCACAAAGAGAAUGGCGGGUACAACGAAUAUGCGAUCUUUGUGGGACUAGCUGCAGCUUUUUUCACGAGAAGGUCGAAAUCAGUUCCGGAAGUAAUCACUCGGAAAGGUGGAUCUCUUUUACUUGCCUCUUUGGGGCUUGGAAGUUAUUUGUUUUGCAUUCAAGCUUUCCUCAGCGAUUCGUCUACAAUGGUAUACUGGACUUGGGAAGGCUAUCCGAUUCGAGGACCAUUGCCAUUAACCGGCGGUUUACCUCAUUUUGCAGCAUUUGCUCUUGGGCUCAUCUUUUCGAUUAAGUUUCAUCCGAACGUGGUAUCUAAACCUGUGUUUUUCCUUACCGGCGCCAUAGGAGCAUUCAUUUUAUACAAUUCAAAGGGAUGGAUUGGAUAUGGAGGAUCGCUUAUGUUCACCUACUAUCUUGCCUCAUUGGCUCCUUUAGUUGGUCAGUCUGUGGCCGGCUAUAACAUCUCCGUCUUAUUUUCAUUGUCAUUCUUUUUCUGCAUAAUCAUCUCUUUAGCAAGUGUGUGGAUUGUUGCGUAUGCCUUUGUUCCAGGAGGAUAUUUGUUGAGAGAAAGAACCGAUAUUGUUUUGGGAAUUUCGGUAGCUCUCCUCUUGUUGAACAGUGUGAAUUACACUUUGCGCAGAAAUUCUUCCAAUAUCACUCGCUUGGAAGUGAGAGGCUCACAACUCCUCCUGCUGACGACCAAAAUCCUUACGAUCUUGACAGCUUUAUCUGUUACAUCUUUCAUCAACAGAUACCCAACUGCGCCUUUCAAGCCAUUCCAUGAAUCCUCCCAGUCAUUUACGGCUGGUAUUUGGUGUGUACACUUUGGGUUGGAUAACGAUAUGUGGUCCAGUGAAACGAGGAUGAGGGACCUACUCCGAGACGCGGAAGUCGACAUUAUUGGCCUAUUAGAAACUGAUACCGAGAGGCUCAUAGGAGGAAACAGGGACUUUACUCAAAAGAUAGCAGAUGACUGGGAAUGUACGUCGAUUACGGACCUGGCCCCAACAAACAUACUUGGGGCGCCGCGCUUUUGUCUAAAUUUCCCAUCAUUAACUCUACGCAUCAUUUGCUUCCUUCCCCAGUAG